AUGUCACAUGUUUUGAAAGAUCCAACUGGGGAGUACGAUGGGGAUGAAAACAUCAAUCUUGCAGGGACCUUCAGAGUUGCGUUCCAACGUUGGACCAGCUCGAGUAAAUUUGCCCCGACCACUCAGUCUGGCAAUGUAAAGCAUGAGCCUGCAUAUAUUGAGCUUGCAAACGAGGAUUCUAUCAACGAAGAGACUGCCCAUGGAGUUACUAUCCAUGAAGGCACUGCCCAUGAAGAGCCUGCCGCUGGGCCUGCCGACAACAAGCUUGCCUGUGGUGAGCCUACUAUAAAGUCUCUGGACCGCGAGGCUGACGCUUAUGACUCUCUCUACGACGAUUCUGUCAAUGGUGAACCUAUUGUUCACAAGCCUCUUCUCGAACCUGAUACAGAAAAGUUUAUAAACGAGUCUGUCCAUAAAACCGCCACUGAUACGUCUGCCAGCGAUGAAUAUGCCAACGAGAGCACCGUCCUUGUAGAUUCAUUCCGAGUUGCUUUCGCUCGUUGGACCCCAUCCGAUGCAUCUGCAUCAACCGCAAACGUCAAAGAAGUCGCGAUCGUGCAAAAAGGAAUCCAAGACAAUCUCUCACCAGAAAGCGUCGACGCCCCAUCACCCUCGCAAGGGUCAGGUACGGCCAGCAAUAUUUCAACUGCAAUCACUAGAGGCAUAAACGGCACGGAAGAUCCUACACUGGAUUGUCAUGAAGUCAGAUCAUCUACAACAAUCAUCCUGCAUCCGCUAUCAAGAUCGAAGUGGAAUAUUCCUGAACCUGCCCCGAUGUUCUCAAAUGAAGCUCAUGGGGAGCCUUCAAAUCAGAACAGCCACCUCCAUGUGCUCAGAACAGUACGUUGGAUGCCAAGCAGCAUAAAAAAUAUCCAAGAGGGUAAGUUGUUGUCCCUACCUCUUCAGCCAACACAUCUGAAUGAAGUAGACGAUGAAACCGAUUCGAUCGCAUCCAACGUACCUGUUAACGGCGACAUACUGCCUAGUACAACAUAUAGCCAACCCUCUCCCUUGAAGCCCCACGAAAUAGACUUCGAGCCUAUACCAAAGGAAAAAUUGACUAGAACCGAAGAGCCAAGCGAAGAGCUCAAAGCAGAGUUAAGAGCCAUGCAAGACGCAUUCCGCAAGGGAUAUGUGUUUAAACGUCCCAAUCAUAAGCAGCAGAAGAAGAAGCAGAAGAAGCCCCGUGAUACCUACUACGUUGUCGAGGGCUCUGACGAUGAAGAGCCGAACCACAAAAACUUUCCUCCCAAUAUGCCUGAAUGGGAGAAAGUCAAGAGGGGCUAUCACCUGUAUCAAUACAGCAUUCAAGCCUAUCCCCGGACUAGUGAUUAUUGCUCUACAUCAGGAAUACCCUCCGUGAAACAAGGUAUCCCAGCCUUUGAAAAAAUCCCCACUGCACCGACCACUGAGCAGAUGCUUAAACGGCUUGCUCGCGAGGGACAUCUCUAUCUCGACGGGGAGUAUGACCCAGUUCCAUAUCCGCAAGCUGCCGAUAGCGAAGUCAACUGGUGCUACUUUCCUGAGCAGCCUGACCCAUUCAAAGGAGGAAGAGGAAGAGCUGUCUACAGCGAUUGGAUUUGGUCAUGGUUAGACGAGACCAUCUACAACGCCUGGAUCGCAAACAUCUACCGGGAGUCGUUCUUUGACGGCGCUGCGCAUGCUGAUGGGAUGCGAGGUUUUUAUGUGAUUGCGGAAUGGGAGGGAGACAUUAACGCCUAUGUCGACCGACAGGAUUUCCUCUAUGAUUCAUGCUGA